CCCGAGAACCGGCAACGAAGCAGCGGCCGCCGCCCCGAUGCAGGCCAUCAAGUGUGUGGUGGUGGGAGACGGUGCUGUAGGUAAAACAUGCCUACUCAUCAGUUACACAACCAAUGCAUUUCCUGGAGAAUACAUACCCACUGUCUUCGACAAUUAUUCUGCCAAUGUGAUGGUUGAUGGGAAGCCGGUCAACCUGGGCUUGUGGGAUACAGCUGGACAAGAGGAUUAUGACAGACUGCGGCCACUAUCCUAUCCACAGACAGAUGUGUUCUUAAUUUGCUUCUCCCUCGUGAGCCCUGCGUCCUUUGAAAAUGUCCGUGCAAAGUGGUAUCCUGAAGUGCGGCACCAUUGCCCCAACACUCCCAUCAUACUCGUGGGCACCAAACUGGAUCUCCGAGAUGACAAAGACACCAUUGAGAAACUGAAGGAGAAGAAGCUGACUCCCAUCACUUACCCACAAGGCCUCGCCAUGGCAAAAGAGAUCGGUGCGGUGAAAUACCUCGAAUGCUCAGCACUCACACAGCGAGGCCUCAAGACAGUCUUUGACGAAGCGAUCCGAGCGGUCCUCUGCCCCCCUCCCGUAAAGAAGAGGAAGAGAAAGUGCCUGCUGCUGUAAUACUGCUGCCCC